UGUUCCCCACUCCCCAUUAAGGAUUGGCACCUUUGGGGGAGCAGGUACCUGAAUUUGACAGGUACCCGCUCCCACUUCCGCUGCGUUCACCUAGGUGAUCGGAAGUGGAAGUUGUCUUCCCCCCCUCCCUCCCUGUAGUCUUCUGGGACACAUGACAGGUCCCAGAAGACUACGGGGCCAUUUACAAAGCGCAGCACUUCUUGUUUAUGCGCAAUGCCGGCGCCAGGGAGAGAAGGCGGCCGGUGAAACCAGUGGUGGUGAGGACACCGAUGGACCGAGGGAC